GCCAUAAACCGGAAGAAUUUAGCAGGCGACUUCGCGGAGUUAUUCUUCGGAUAAAGCUGAACUUAACUGCAAGCAAUCCUUGACAACUCUUGAAUGUCGACUGAAACACUGAUUUGGCACCAAUACUCUCGAUAAAAGGUUCCUUCAUCAAGUCCCAGUCAUGACAAGCUUGCGCUGAGAUUGGUAACCCAUGGCAACAACAACGACAAGUAGACCACGCAUCAUCACGACCCAACUGAAGUGACGAACGGGACAACUCAUGCAGAAAGCCCCAACGGAACGUUUCGUCGACUCAUCCGGAUAGUGCCCUUGUAUCGUGUCUCUCCCCCCCCCCAACUCCGCAGUGUCAAGAUCUUGACUUUGACUUCAAGUGUUGACAGACAAUUUGGUGCUGCGACUGGCCGUUUCUUACCGCAGCGACUUGUUUUAGAAUUUGACAAGAUGAAGGAAGAGGAUGUAGAAAUAGCCAUCAAGGUGGUGAUUGUUGGCAAUGGAGCUGUGGGGAAGUCCAGUAUGAUCCAACGAUACUGCAAAGGUAUCUUCACCAAAGACUACAAAAAGACGAUCGGCGUUGACUUCCUGGAGAGACAAAUACAAAUAAAAGAAGAAGACGUAAGGUUAAUGUUAUGGGAUACAGCAGGACAGGAGGAAUUUGACGCUAUUACUAAGUCCUACUACAGAGGUGCCCAAGCUGGCGUAGUGGUCUUCUCAACUGUAGACAGAGCAUCGUUUGAAGCCAUCGAGAAAUGGAAACGGAAAGUAGAAGACGAGGUUGAUAACAUACCACUGGUGCUUGUACAAAACAAAAUAGACCUGGUAGAUGAAGCUGUUAUAGCCCCUGAGGAAGCAGAAGCGUUAGCCAAGAGGCUGAAACUACGAUUCUACCGAGCGUCGGUCAAAGAGAACCUCAACGUUGACGAAGUAUUCCUCUACCUCACUGAUAAGUAUAUGCAAAAGUUACAAUCACAAGAAGCGGAAGACAACGCCACAACUAACCCAAAGAUUGGUAUCUUCAACACGACAGGACCACCCCUUACCAGCGGAAGCGGUGAUAGUAAAAACACAGCCGACGAAAGUCAGACCAUUAAGCUCAGACCAACAAAGCAAAGAACAAAAGGAAAGAAACAGCCCUUCAAGUGUCUACUACUCUGAUUUGUAUAUUUAAUGGAAGAAUUUUGUACUUUUUUCCAAAUUGUUUUUGUUGUUCUUGCAAAUGUUGGCUGCGGGCACUUCAGGAUGAGGGUUUUAAAGGACAGAGGAAACUAGUAUGCGGCGAUUGUGUUACGUUUCCACAUUUUGAAGCGUUUAAUUUAAAUCGAGGCUGCAGGGGAACAAGGACUGGUCCCAGUUGUUGUCGAAUAUGCCCGAAUUUGCAUUGUCCGUUAUCAAUUGAUACGCGGGGAACAAGACAGAGAUGGUGUAUGGAUCUUUUAAUUGUUUGUAGACACAAAGAAGCCAUUUUGAUUUUUGUUGUCAAUGUGACCAUGUGACCCUUGUUGCUCUGUGACAAACUGAGAAGGGUGAAGCAGUCUGGUGCAUGUCUUGUUCCUUGACUCCCACAUACAGAGCUGCUGCCAACUCUCCCUGAUUCUGCAGAAAGUUCCAAGAAAAUAAACAAAUCUUCCAAUAUAGAAACAUUAGGGUAACAGUCACCAUGUAAUGAUAAUCUCUAAAUGAGUUGGGGUGGUUCUGAAAAGAACCGUUGCUUUCAAAUCAACGUUUCGAUCUGUAUGCUCUCAUCAUUUUCUGGAUUGUCUUUCCACCAUGCAAGGUUUCAAAUCCUACAAAUCUUCCAAUGUUCUGACAACAAAUUUGAAAUUCUCCCAGAUUAUGGAAUUUUGUUCCCUUUUAUAUUGAAUGUAAUUCUAAACAUCUCCCUAAUUGUUGUACAUAAUAUCCCUGAUUGGAAAAUUCAAAUGUUGGCAGCGCACGGCAUACUGUUUUGGCCACCCUGAACAGAAACAAGUCGUAAAAUUCACAAAACACCCACCCCCUCCCUGCAAAGAAAAGAAAGUUUCCAAGUGCUUGAUAAUACAAUGCAUAGUUCAGAAGAUGCAGCCAAACAUGCAAGAGAUAUCGCCUUUUUACAAAUGUAUUAAAUGCAAACAUGGGCACAGUUUUGAUUUUCGGGAGACACGUUUUUACAGCACAUGAAGAUUUUAUCAAAGCAUGGCUGAGCGUUAACAUAUGAACAGCAACUGUACUUCUUUGCUUGCGAUGAGCAGAGAAAUGAAAUUGGGCCAGUUCUUCUGCAGCCUGCUCAUCACCUCUGUUUAAAAGGGUGUAUGUACUUUUUGUAGGACAAAAGACACAAUGUCCACAGAUUUACACUAAACUUGCACA